GGGGGCAGGCGCGCAGCGGGCACCCGCGAGCCCGGCCUCGGCGGACAGGACGACGAGCUGGAGCCUGCGCUCCUUUCCUGGGCCUCCCGGGCUCCGAACGGGCGGCGGGGGCGGCGGCGGGUUCGGCCUAAACCGGCGCCGCACAGCGAACACCUGGCCGCGUCGGCGGAGGUGGCUUCAGCCCCGCCAAGCCUGGGCUGCAGGCAUGGUGCUUUGCCUGUGUUGUCUCUGAAUUAACAGAACCACCCUGUGAAGUAGGAAGAACUGUGUCUGUCUUUCAGACCAGGAAAUGGAUGCUUGCAGGGGUUAAGAGUGUUCCAAGCGGGCACAGAAGGACAGCAUGGCUCUUGCCAAGCGGUGCCAUGUCCACACCCGGGAUCCAAACCAGCGAACCCUGGGCUGCCGAGAAGCGGAACAUGUGCAGUUAACCAGUGCGCCACCGGGCCGACCUCUACAUGAUACCUCUUAAAUGGUGAAUCUAAAGUAGUCAGACUCGUAGAAGCAGAGAAUGGAAUGCUGGUAUCACAAAAAAAAGAUAAGUAACGGGGUGGGAGGAAACUUUUGGAGGUGAUAAAUAGGUUUGUGGCAUGGAUAAUGGGGAUGGUUUCAUGGGUGUAUAUGUAUCUCCAAACUCAUCAAGUUGUAUAUAUUAAUUAUGUACAUUUUUUUGUAUCUCAAAAGAAAGAAUUGGUCUAGGAUCUUGCAGCUGCUAAGUGACAGGACAGGAGCUCACAUCCUGGCAUCUCAGCUCCGGAACUGGUGCCAUUUAAUUCUCCUGCUCUGCUGCCUUUGGUCUUCGCAACUCUUGAAACCCAGUUGUGACCCUGGGCAGCCUCCAGUGUCACAGCGGGGGGUCUUCUUGCACCUCUUGGGAAAAGGCGGCACCCUGCAGCCUGGCUGCAUGAGUUUCCCAUCCAUGUCUGAGGUUGGAUGAGGCUGCAGGAGGGCAUCCACUGGGCUUUGGCCAGUCCUCAGGGUGCCUGCAGGGAUGGGUAAAGCCCACCAGGCCUGUGGCACUUCCCAGGGGCCCUCAUCUCACUAGGGCCCCACAGAGGCGUUAGGAUGCACCUGUCAGCAGUGUUCAACGCCCUCCUGGUGUCGGUGCUGGCGGCGGUCCUGUGGAAGCACGUGAGGCUGCGUGAGCAUGCAGCCACUCUGGAGGAGGAGCUGGCCCUCAGCCGACAGGCCCCAGAGCCAGCCCCAGCGCUGAGGAUCGACUAUCCAAAGGCUCUGCAGAUCCUGAUGGAGGGCGGCACACACAUGGUAUGCACGGGCCGCACACACACCGACCGCAUCUGCCGCUUUAAAUGGCUCUGCUACUCCAACGAGGCCGAGGAGUUCAUCUUCUUCCACGGCAACACCUCUGUCAUGCUGCCCAACCUGGGCUCCCGGCGCUUCCAGCCAGCCCUGCUCGACCUGUCCACCGUGGAGGACCACAACACGCAGUACUUCAACUUCGUGGAGCUGCCGGCCGCCGCCCUGCGCUUCAUGCCCAAGCCAGUGUUUGUGCCCGACGUGGCCCUCAUCGCCAACCGCUUCAACCCCGACAACCUCAUGCACGUCUUCCAUGACGACCUGCUGCCUCUCUUCUAUACCCUGCGGCAGUUCCCUGGCCUGGCGCAAGAGGCCAGGCUCUUCUUCAUGGAGGGCUGGGGUGAGGGUGCGCACUUCGACCUCUACAAGCUUCUCAGCCCCAAGCAGCCACUCAUCCGGGCACAGCUAAAGACCCUGGGCCGGUUGCUGUGCUUCUCCCAUGCUUUUGUGGGCCUCUCCAAGAUCACCACCUGGUACCAGUAUGGCUUUGUCCAGCCCCAGGGCCCGAAGGCCAAUAUCCUUGUCUCAGGCAAUGAGAUCCGGCAGUUUGCACGGUUCAUGACAGAAAAGCUGAAUGUGAGCCACACAGGGGCCCCCCUAGGCGAGGAGUACAUUCUCGUCUUCAGCCGCACCCAGAACAGACUCAUCCUGAAUGAGGCAGAGCUGCUGCUGGCACUGGCCCAGGAGUUCCAGAUGAAGACAGUGACAGUGUCCCUGGAGGACUAUGCCUUUGCAGAUGUCGUGCGGCUGGUCAGCAAUGCCUCCAUGCUGGUCAGCAUGCAUGGGGCCCAGCUGGUCACUGCCCUCUUCUUGCCCCGUGGGGCAACUGUAGUUGAGCUUUUUCCAUAUGCCGUCAAUCCUGACCACUACACCCCCUAUAAGACACUGGCCAUGCUGCCCGGCAUGGACCUCCAGUAUGUAGCCUGGCGGAACAUGAUGCCAGAGAAUACAGUCACACACCCUGAGCGGCCCUGGGACCAGGGGGGCAUCACCCACCUAGACCAGGCAGAGCAGGCCCGUAUCCUACAAAGCCGUGAGGUCCCGCGGCAUCUCUGUUGCCGGAACCCUGAAUGGCUCUUCCGAAUCUACCAGGACACCAAGGUGGACAUCCCGUCCCUCAUCCAAAGCAUACAGCGUGUGGUGAAGGGCCGGCCAGGGCCGCGCAAGCAGAAGUGGACAGUCGGCCUCUACCCAGGGAAGGUGCGGGAGGCGCGGUGCCAGGCGGCGGUGCAGGGCGCCUCCGAGGCCCGCCUCACCGUCUCCUGGCAGAUCCCGUGGAACCUCAAGUACCUGAAGGUGAGGGAGGUGAAGUACGAGGUGUGGCUGCAGGAGCAGGGGGAGAACACCUACGUGCCUUACAUGCUGGCCCUGCAGAACCACACCUUCACUGAGAACAUCAAGCCCUUCACCACCUACCUGGUGUGGGUGCGCUGCAUCUUCAACAAGACACUCCUGGGACCCUUUGCAGAUGUGCUGGUGUGUAACACGUAGCGAGGCUUUGGGAGGCUGGCUCCUCCAGUUCAGCGUCCCUGGGCCUGUUGGCCCCCUGUGGUGGCUUUAGGAAUUAUUUAUUUAUUGAGCAGGCCUGCCCCAGGUCUGUGCCUCUGUGUCAUCCUACUGCUUCUGAGGUGUGGGGUUCGCAGCGCUCCUCUUUGCACUGGUGCGAUGGGACCCCCCACCCCCUUCUGCCUUCCUGAGCGUCCAUACCCCUGGGGAAAGUCCUUAGGGGGAGGAGGAGGAGGAGAAGGAAGAAGGAGAGUAAGAAUCCCAAAGAACCUCUUUGGCUGAGUGAUCAUGCUGUUCCCCACUGAGUCUUUCUGGUUGACAUCUAAGUUUCUGGAAACUGCCAGUGAUCAUGUGACUGUUUGGGUAGGUGGUUCAUCAGCUUCCAUCACCAUGAAAUUCACCUGUAGCCCAGCGAAGGGUAUGUUUGGAACAUUCAUUAAAUAAUUAUAAACA